AUGGAACCGAAAGACGCCUGGCGGGAGGUCCUAUGCGGCCAGGUUGAGCUAGCUUUGGAGAUCGGCUGCCGCAUCGUGCGCGUCGAGGCGGUCGGGCUGGGUCGGCUCAAAAGCAAGCAGCGGGUGAGCAACGGCGAGAAGAAGGUCGGCUGGGCGUACAGGAUCAACGAGGUGGCGUGGAGUGAGGCGAGGGAGGACUUGGAGAGGAGGGGUAAAUAG